AUUAUAAAUACGCGUACCACCGGAUUAUCCAUUCAGCGUACUCGCAGUGAAAGCUUGUUCUAGAUCUUUCAGUUUACCUCGUCAGAAUUCCGAUCACUCGCUCUGAGCAAUGGCUGAGGGAGCAACCCCAGUUGUAGCAAGUCAUGAACUAUUGGAAUGGCCGAAGCAGGACAAACGUCGAUUUUUGCAUGCCGUGUAUCGUGUGGGAAACCUUGACCGCACCAUCAAGUUUUACACUGAAUGUCUUGGGAUGAAGCUAUUGAGGAAGAGGGAUAUUCCAGACGAAAAAUAUGCCAAUGCUUUUCUUGGUUUUGGACCAGAAGAAUCUCAUUUCGUGGUGGAGUUGACUUACAACUACGGAGUUGAAAAAUAUGACAUUGGAACGGGUUUUGGACAUUUUGCUAUUUCAACUCAAGAUGUUUACAAGUUAGUGGAAGAUAUAAAAGCCAAAGGUGAGGGAACUAUCACUCGAGAGCCAGGUCCAGUUAAAGGUGGAUCCAGUGUCAUUGCUUUUGCUAAGGAUCCCGAUGGAUACCUCUUUGAGCUAAUUCAACGAGGUCCCACUCCUGAACCACUCUGCCAAGUCAUGCUUCGUGUCGGUGACCUUGAUCGUUCGAUCAAAUUCUACGAGAAGGCAUUAGGGCUGAGACUCUUGAGAAAGAUAGACCGACCAGAACAUAAGUACACGUUAGCAAUGAUGGGAUUCGCAGAUGAAUACGAGACAACUGUUCUGGAACUGACAUACAACUAUGGUGUAACUGAAUACACCAAAGGAAAUGCUUAUGCACAGGUCGCAAUUAGCACUGACGACGUGUAUAAGAGUGCAGAGGUUGUGAACCUUGUCACUCAGGAGCUUGGAGGAAAGAUAACUCGACAACCAGGACCAAUCCCUGGAAUUAACACUAAGAUCACUUCUUUCCUCGACCCAGAUGGCUGGAAAACUGUUCUGGUUGACAAUGCAGAUUUUCUGAAGGAACUCGAGUCGGAUAAAUAGGGCACUGAUAAAAUUGCGAUGGUGGUGUACCUCAGUACUGUUUCUGGUUCAGUGAUGUAAUCACCUAUUAAAUAGAACGAGCUUUCUUAGCGCUCAGUAGUAAAUAAAAGCCAGAAUUUAGACUCGGAAUAUUAUCUCUUGUAUAAAUUUUCUACUAUUUGCACUGAUUUAUGUCGGUUUUUCGUAGACUGAAACUUGCCUGUUGAAGAUACAACUACAAUUGCAAUUUAUGAACGUAUUUUUUGAA